GUAAAACGCAAAAUGGCGACCUCGUUGACAGGACGCGGUCUAACCUUCCUUAGGACGUUACCAAGCCUGAUACAUUCACGGUCGCCAUGGAUGACCACUCCGCAGCAGUUGUCCUGUUUUCACACCAGUGUCUCUCUGAAGGGACGGAGAUGGGACCAAAACAAUCUGAAAGUUUAUCCUCCUCAGCUGCCAGACGAACCACGCAGACCUGCCGAAAUAUAUCACAGCAAGAGGCAGUUCAAAUACAGCAAAGAUAAACUGUGGUAUUUGGCCAAACUGGUCAGAGGAUUGAGCAUCGAUGAAGCACUUGCACAACUAGAGUUCAGUGACAAGAAAGGAGCCAAGGUUAUGAAAGAGGCUCUUCUUGAAGCUCAGGAGAUGGCAGUUAAAAACCACAAUGUGGAGUACAAGUCCAACUUGUAUGUAGCCGAAUCCCUCUCUGGAAAAGGUAAAUAUCUGAAGAGGAUCCGAUAUCAUGGCAGAGGAAUGUUCGGCAUCAUGGACAGAGUUUAUUGUCAUUAUUUUGUCAAACUUGUCGAAGGCCCACCGCCCAAAAAGACUGAAAAGACUAGUUUUGAUGCAGCGAAAGAAUACGUCCAGGGACUCAAGAAGCGCACCAUCAUCCACAGUCUAUAAACCAGUGUCUGUAUCUGCUGUUUCUGUUCAAAAGUGUGUGUGCGUGUGCCUGUAUGUAUAUAUAUGUAGUAGCCACCCUUUACUUUGUCAAAAAAAAGUAUGUAUGUGUAAUAAAGCAAAGGGUGGCUACUAUGACGAUUUGAAUAUAACAUAAAAAAAAAAAAAAAAAACAUAUCUUGCUUCAUAUAUUUGAUGUCUUAUGUUUGUUUAUAACAUUUAGAAAGACAAAACAUUUGACUGGUUGUGUGGGAGCUGAAAUAACAAACGCUUUGAAUAUUAUUUGAGUAGUUUUAAAUAAUAUGGAGAAUUUUUUUAUACUUCUGACUGAUUUUGUUAAGAAAAGAAAUAUAAGAAACAUACUAACCACCACCAACCCAAAGGCCGGUGGUUAGAUCCCUACUUAGACUAGUGCAUACAUUUACAGCUGUUGGGCAAGGCACUUCCCCCACAUUACCUUAAUGUUGUGUGGGAAAUUGUGCAAAUUGGCAGCCUUGUUUUCGUAGGUCUACUUGAGGGCAGCUAUGGCAACAGAUCUAGCUUAACAAGUACAAUAAAAAAUAAGGCAUUAUUAAGGAUAAUAUGAAAACAAGUCAGUAACUUUUAUAUUUUUUUUGCCAUGGACAGUAUGUACCAGCAGCCCCAAACCUGUUACAUUAUAUUUUAUUAGUGAAUCAAAUGAAACAAAGCAUACAGCUCAGUCCACUGUUUGUGACAAAACUUCUUCCUGUUAAAGUUUCCUUGUUUCUAAUGUCAGAGCUGCAUUAGUCUGUGAAGGGCACAUCGUCCUGCUCUCACCUGGGACCUCUCUGUGUUUGUGUUAAGAGUAAAUGACUUCAGCCCCGAGGCUCCUCC